AUGGAUUGUGGUACUAUUGAAGAUGAAGGUAUCAGGGUUGACAACCUUGAUGAUGAUGACAACGCAUGUUGUUGGGAGCCUGCAACAGGGAUGUGUUUUUAUUGCUUAGAAGAAGUCAAAUCAUUUUAUGAAGAGUAUGCUUCGAAAAAGAAUUUUGGGUGGAAGAUUAGAUCUUCAAGAAAAGGGCAAGGUGGGGAGCCCUAUUUCUUCUAUGACAUAGAUUUGGAUGAUGAUUUUCACGUAAGAAAUGUGUUUUGGGCUAACGGAAGAAGUAGAGCUGCUUAUGAAUACUUUGGAGAUGUUGUGAAUUUUGACACAACAUAUUUGACUAAUAAGUAUAACAUGCCUUUUGUUGCGUUUGUUGGUGUGAAUCACCAUGGUCAAUCAACAUACUUGGAUGUGGAAUGUUGUCAGGAAAGGCCCCUCUGGCUCGGUCAAUAUAGUGAAUAUAAAAAGAUUAAGUUUGCAUUGAAAGAAGCGGUUUAUGACACAGUCACAAAAGAGGCAUUUGAAGAAAAAUGGUGUUCUUUCAUCAAAAAAUUUGAGCUUCAACAAAAUGAUUGGUUGAAUGGAUUGUAUAACGAACGUCAAAGAUGGGCACCAACCUUGCUAAGGAAAUAUUUUUGGGCAGGUAUGUCUACUACACAGCAAAGUGAGAGUAUACAUUCUUUCUUUGAUGGUUAUAUCAAUUCAACGACAAGUUUAAAUCAAUUUGUAAAACAAUAUGAUAAUGCUCUCAAAAGUCGAGCAGAAAAAGAAUUUGAAGCAGAUUUUAAUUCGAUGGAUACUACAAUUUCUUGUGGGUCAAACUCGUCAAUUGAAAAGCAAUUCCAAGGUGAAUACACUCGUGCCAAAUUUAAGGAAGAUCAAACAGAAUUUAGAUCUAAAAUGAAUUGUGCUGCUUCCUUUUACAGUGUGAAAGAAUUGAAGCCACAAAUUGACAGGUUUGACAAAUUGUGCAAACAUUUCUAUGAAGUUGUUGAAGUAGUUGCAGAGUCUGAAGAUGCGACUAAGGCACUUCAUGAAAUAUUAUAUCAAUUUAAUUCUAAUGUGCCCACCAUGGAUACUACGAUUAACAAGGUUAAAAGAAGUUUUAUUGAUGCUUCAAGUCCAAACAAUGAUAAUGAAAUUCACAGUCCUUUGCGGGUCAAGCGUAAAGGUCGCCCUCCAUCAAAAAGAAAAAUAUCUAUAGUUGAAAAAAUCGUUGGAGGUAAUACAUUAUUCUGGGAUCUUUUGUCACAAUUCGGCACAACUAUGUGA